AUGCGCAAUAAUAUCCUUUUAUCAGCCCUUGCCCUCGCGGCGGGGUCUCUCGCAGCAGACUGUAAUGGGCAUGCUGAGCUCUGCGAUCGACAGUAUAGCAAGGUCACCUUCGUGGGGGCCCAUAACUCGCCUUUCGUUGGGGUUGGCCCAGCAGAUAAUCAGUUAACCGACCCGACGGAACAACUAGACCAAGGUGUGCGAUUCCUUCAGGCGCAAACCCAAGAAAAAGACGGGUCGCCCCAGAUGUGCCAUACCUCAUGCUUAUUAGAGGAUGCUGGCUCAUUACAAGACUAUCUGGGCCCUAUUAAAACUUGGAUCGAUGCUCAUCCAAACGAAGUUGUAACGCUGCUUCUAACAAACCCCGAUGCGAUUGACAUCAACAAGUAUGGCGAUGUAUUCAAGUCAACUGGGCUGGACAGUUACGUCUUUACACCGGAUAAGACGUUCGGUUUAGAUGACUGGCCGACUCUGGGAGAUAUGAUCUCAAGCGGCAAGAGAGUCGUAGUAUUCAUGGAUUACAACAUGGAUACUUCCAAGGUCCCGUACAUUCUGGACGAGUUCGCCUACUACUUCGAGACUCCGUUUGACCCAACAGAGGAUAUACUUAGUGGAUGCGGCGUCGAUAGGCCCUCGGGCGUUUCAGCUGACGGUCGGAUGUUCCUCGCCAACCAUAACCGGAAUGUUGAACUCUUCCCCGAUGUCUUAAUCCCGGAUUUGAUUCAGGCGCACAAUACGAACUCGGUAGAGUCUAUUACCGAGCAGAAGACACUUGCAAGAGUAGCUAUGGUCGCGUACCUAACUUUAGGAGACACAAUAAAAGCCCAGGACCUCCUCAACGGGUUAUAG